AUUGCUCACGCAGGGGCCCCGCCGAGGAACGAGGCAGGGGAAGCGGGAGCAAUGCGUGUUCGCGAUGGAUGGGCCGGAGUGCCGUACAAACAAGUACAAAUCACGGAACGCAACGCAACAAAAAAGCGCUGCGCGCCUUUCAAUGCGCGCAGCGCGUUCAAACUUCGAGAUAAGGCUCUGAGCCCGCGCGCCUACGGCGCGCGGUAAGCCCCUGCGUGAGCCACCGUGGGUUCCCCACUUAACUAUUUUAAU